GUAAGUAGCUGAAAUUUCAGUAAAGACAGCACGGGUAUAACUUUCAGUGCGUGGUGCAGUAUUUAUCUCAGCAAAGGUUUUAGUAAAUAGAAGACUGGUCAGUUUCUGUUCAGAAUAACAUCACACCUCUCCAGGAGAACCAGCAGCCAAAAUCCAGUCUGAUAAGGCAUAAAGGAAGAUCAAAAGGAGAAAUUACCAGCAGCUAAAAUCCAGUCUGAUGAGGCAUACAGGAACAUCAAAAGUGCAAUCAUAAAUGGAUAUAUUUUAAUGCAUGAAGCCAUAUAAAGAGGUGCAGCACCAGAAAGACUUUUACUUCAGCCGCAGUAUCGACUCUCUACGCUUAAACCCGAAUAUGGCAAGCAAACAUUCCAGCAAUGAAGCUAUUCUACGAAAUGAUGAGGAGCUGAGGAUUGUCAUGGUGGGGAAGACUGGAAUUGGGAAGAGUGCCACAGGAAACACCAUUCUUGGGCAUAACUGCUUUAAAUCAAAGUUCAGCGCCAAGUCUAUGACUGAUGAGUGCUUUAAGGGCAAUGCUGAAGUGGAUGGACAAAAGGUUUCUGUUAUUGACACCCCAGGUCUCUUUGACACCAGGUGGGCCCAGGAUAAAACUCAUAAAGACAUAAUUCAGUGCAUCUCCUAUUCUUCGCCUGGACCCCAUGUCUUCUUGGUUGUCGUCAGGCUGGGCAGAUUCACAGAAGAGGAAAAGCAGACGGUGCAGAAGAUCCAAGAAAUAUUUGGCCAGGAUGCAGACAAAUACAGCAUGGUUCUCUUUACUCAUGGUGACCUUCUUAAAAACACCACUAUUGAGGAGUUUUUAAAGGGCAGCCGGGACCUGCAGGAACUUGUGGCCAGGUGCAAUGGUCAGUACCAUGUCUUUAAUAAUGAGCUGGAGAAUCACUCGCAGGUCACCGAGCUGCUUAAGAAGAUCAGAACCAUAGUCCAGAAGAACGGAGGAAGCCACUACACCAAUGAAAUGUACCAAGAGGCAGAAAGGAUAAUCAUAGAGGAGAAACAACGCAUCCUGAAAGAAAAAGAGGAGCAAAAAGGCAAAGAGAGAAAAGAACUGGAUAUGAAACUAAAAGCAGAAUAUGAAGAAAAGCUUCGCAAUGCAAUGGAGAAAAUCUGGGCUGAAAGGGAGAAAGAAAAUAGUAAAGUAGAUAUGGAGAGAACAACAGAGUUGAAAAGAGGCAAGGAAAUAAAUGAGGGUACAAAGGGAAGGGAGGACAAGGAAAAGAAAGGGAAGGAGAGUAAGACAGAAGAGAAAAUAAAGAGGGAGAAGGAACAGAAGGAGAAGGAAAUAAAUGGAAAGAAAGACAAAGAGUUGAAGAAAGAACAGGAGAAGAUGUUAGAGGAACACAACAAGCUGGAGGAAAAAAAUCCAACUUUGGCCAGACAAGAAGAAGCUAUUCUACAAAAUGAGGAGCUGAGGAUUGUGAUGGUAGAUAAUACUGGAAUUGGGAAGAGUGCCACAGGAAACACCAUUCUUGGGCGUGGCUGCUUUGAAUCAAAGUUUAGCACCACGUCUAUGACUGAUGACAAAGAGGCAGAAAGGGCAAUCGAAGAGGAGAAACAACGCAUGCUGAAAGAGAAAGAGGAGCUAAUAUGUAAAGAGAAAGAAGAACUGGAGAAGAAACUACGAGCUGAAUAUGAAGAAAUAAUCAAAAACAUUACAGAGAAAUUACAGGCUGAAAUUGAGGAAGAGAGAAGAGAGAGAAAAAGGGUACAACAUGAUAUCAUUGAUUUGAAGAGGGAAAAUGAGAGGAAAAUGAAGGAGAUGGAGAUGGCGAUGGAGAAGCUAAAGAUAGAUUUGGACAAGAGAAAGCUGGAUAUAGAGGAGUGGGUAGAGAAAAAAGAGGUGGAGAGGAAAGAGUGGGGGACAAGAAAGGAGGAGGAAAGGAAGGAGAUGGAAAAGAAAAAAGAGGAGGAGGUUAAAGAGUGGGAGACAAGAAGGGAGGAGGAAAGGAAGAUGGAAAAGAGAAAAGACGAGGAGAGGAAAGAGUGGGAGAGAAGAUGGGAGAUGGAAAGGAAGGAGAUGGAAAAGAAAAAAGAGGACAGGAAAGAGAGUGAAGGUCUUUUGCCUUUGUAG